CGUUGUAUCACAAUCAAAGUCAAAUGUCUAAUCUCUGCAGAUGACUGGUUCUCCCGCGUUUGUCCCUCCCCGAGUUCUGCCUCUCCCUUUUGCUGACCGUAAUGGAGACCAGCAGGGGGUCCAGACUGGCUCUGAAGCGGUGGCAGCGUUCCUCCCCAUCACUGUCACCCAGAAACAGGAGCAGUCCCGGGGGAAAGAGGGGCACUUCAAAUUCUGCCCACUUCAAAGAGCCCUCUGACCAAGAUUGAUUGCCUGCAGGAGAAACAAAACAAAACUUAAACGGAUACAUUAUGGUUGUAUUAGAUUUCCUCAACAGUCUAAAUUUUCCGUCUGUAAUAUUUUAAGUAACCUGGUUGCGUGCUGAACAUUAAUGACAGCAAAGCAACGCAGGAGGUUUAACGAGGAUCGGUGAGUGUGGCCGCUUGCCAGACUGCAUGGCUGGUUGAAGGAGCUCCUCCCACCUUCUUCUGCUCUCCCCCGGACGCUGCAGCAGAGGACUUCAGCUGUUCUCUAGCAGCAUUUCACCUCUGCACAGAUUAGCGACAGCAGCAGCACCAGAGGCAUGCAGGGCAGGAGAGCAAGCCAGCCCGUAGCAACGCACUCUACCCCGGCUCUGUAGCCGCAGGGAAACCCGUAAGGACACUGGAAAAUCAAAGGACCAUUUAUCAUUGGACACGUUUUCUCUUAUUUUUUAUUUUAUUUUUAUUUUCUCACGGUAAAGCUUUUUGUGUUGCCAGGGAGGAGAAAGUCCGAGCAGAAGAACAGGUUGCGCGCCCCCUCCCUCCCUUUUCUUGGUGAAUGAAGGGGCUGCUGUGUGGGUGAGCAGGCGUGACGAAUGCAGCGCCCGUUCAAAAUUGUGAUGUCCAAUUAAACUUCUUGGACACUGCAGCACAUAGACUCCAGCCAUGAGAGCUUAUCAUCUGUCCGGAAGAUUCCUUCGCCACCUCCUCUGACCAAAUCCGACUCUCAGCAAACCAAAGAUGUCAGCCUGUGGUGACUUUGCAGAACACGUGUGGAAACCUGGCUCUUGCAAGAACUGCUUCCACCCGCUCAGUGCACACAAGACUCGCGUCUCUGAUGACAACGUCCCGCCAGCUUGUUUGAAGAGCAGCUUGGGAGGUGAUGAGGAGGGUGGAGUGACUGCACCUUCGCCCUACAGCAAGCCGACCAUUGCUGUCAAACCCACCAUGAUGAGCUUUGACACAAGUGAGAUGAAAGAUGUGAAUAUGAACAUAGAACAGGACAACCCAAAGAGUCCAAGUGAGCGAAUGGGUCUAAAGAAGCUCCAAAACAUGUCACCACUCUACAUUGAUGAUAAUAAUGGUUGCAACAAGGCCCAUAAAGAGGCGGGUCUUCCAAGCCCUAAUGCCAAGAUUGACUACAACAGCUGCCUCUCCUUGUCCCCCAGUAUCCUGCCCAAAGACUCUCUCUUCAUUAGUAAUGUUUAUGUCAGCCAGGAGGAAGGAAGAGGUUCAAAGAGUUUCAAGAAAAAUGCCAAUGGAGACUCAUGCUGGCAGCAGAAUAAUGCACCAGUUAUUGGACCAAAGAGCACUUACAAUGAAAGGAGUAAUUUUAGGGAGUCCAGUGAAUCAACAGUGGAGAUCCCUUUGUCAGUGGAUGGUGUUCCUUCUGAACAUACCACAGUUCAUCACAACCCUUUAUGCAGUAGUGGCAUCAACACAAAAAUGCCCAGCACUUCCACUGCCUACACCACAGUUUCAAGUGUGGAAUCUACAAAUCACAUUAGUCCAACAUCCCUCAGUCCCAUUCCUGCUCUGUCUAAACAGAACAGCUUCUCAGACUCUCCUUCUUCCUAUCACAGCAGUACUGAUUCCCUUCCUGGGCCUGAUGGAUCAGUAGAACAACAGAAUGGGCUCGGGAUACACCAAAGUCCAUCAGCCACAGGUAGCCCAGAGUCAACUCCAAGCUCUCCAAGUGUUCAGGAAGACUCUGAACCAAUAUACGCUGAAAGCACCAAGAGGAAGCCUAAGCCACUAGGAAAUGGACUGCUUUCCUGUCCCGAGUCCCAAAACCAGAUUAAGCAAUCCAAGUCCUCGGAGUCUGAACGUUCUGGAGAGAGUCAGCGCGCCACCAUCACCGUAAUGGCUGCUCACACAGAGAACAACAGAACUUUUUUCCUAAGCAGCCCAGAUUCAGGUGUUGGCACCCAGUGCCACUUUAGCCCUACAGCAUGCAAAGAUCCCAGUAGCCCAGCCUUCCGUUGGCCCAGUCCCAGCUACAGUGCACCUUCUCUUGGCAGAGAACCUUCUUUGUCCCCCAACCUGCACCCAAAGCCCCAGUCUAGCCCACCCAUUCCUCCCAAGAGAAGUUCUCGCUCCCCAAAACUAGGUACCUCUAGCCUUUCACCAUCCAUGUCUUCUCCGAUCCUCCUUCCUGAAUUCCCUAAACUUGGCACAUCUAGCCUCUCGGCAUCCUUGUCCUCCCCUAUCCCGCUCCCAGAACUCCCCAUGCUCUUCCUCGUCUCUGCGAGAGAAGGACACUUCAAGGGCCCCACAGACAACCAGUGUGCAACAUCCGAACGCUUGCACAAGUCCAGCCACCACAGCCCUGGCUGGAACUGCCGCAUUGAGGAAGAAGAAGAGGAGGAGGAAGACCAGAAAGGGAUGGAGAAGAAGAAGAAGCAAGUUGCCGCUAGUUUGGGAAUAACCUCCCAGGGGACUGGACCCAUCAAUGGUGCUGCUGUCUGGAAGGAGGCCAAUGACUGUAAGAUCCACAGCAGUCCCCCUCCGAUGACAGAGCCAGGCACGGCCCCCCCGGCUGCCUCCAACAAUGAUGCCUGUCAGCGGGAAACCGAGGGCACCAGCACAGAGGAGGAGGGCAAGCAUAACGAGAGCAUGCCGACCAAGCAACCGUUGCAUGGAGGCUCGACAGAGCUGCUGGCAGAGGGGAAAGGAGUUCCCAACCUUGACCUCAACCCACCACCUCCCCCACCUAAAAAACUGCACAGGGUGAGUGGUAAGAUGAGCGGCAGCACUGUGGAGUUGAACUGCAGCAGCCAGGGAGGGUCAGCAGAGAGCCCCGUGUCGUCUGUUCGGAGCCUGGGCAGCAUUAGCCUACCAGCUGCAUCCACUGACAACCUGACAGCUGACACCGGGUCUCGAGAUGCUACGCGAAUGUCUUGUUCUUCACCGUUUCCCAGAACUCCUGUAGCAUCAGCUCCUGGUUCUCCUCACUUGUCCUCCUUCAGCAGCUUAAGCACCCAACCGCCUCCUCUGCCAGAGAAGAAAAUGGUCAACCGCACCGUGUCAGCUCCAGACACCGCCAAUGGGAAACCCUUCAUCCGAGCCUACCCGCGCUUUCCGUUCGCCGGCUCAGAGAGCAAUGUGUGUCGCUCCACUGAUGCCGCUUCCCGCACCAGCCUGCCAUCGAGUCCUGUUGACCCCCGGCCUGUUUUCUCCUCCAACGAGUCCCUGGAGCGCUGCCACCUCCCUCUGGCUAGGCCCUCGAGGUCCCGGACUCUGGAUGAGCAGCAAAAGACCCAGGGGCGAUUAGGCGUGCACUGCCGAACCAGCAUCACCUGCUUGUCCUCGCCACAGCUUAGCGCGCCCUUUUCGGCCUCAGAAGCCGGCUCGGCGCCAAACCUUGGCUCGAGCAUGCAGCUCCAGACUCUUCUGAGCAACAUCGACAGCAGGGAAGGGGUGUACUCCAAACUGGGCGGCCUAUAUGCGGAGUCCCUACGACGCUUGGCCCUGAAAUGUGAAGAUCACUUUACUCGCUCCCAGAAGAAUCCGCUUAGGUUUGACGAGAGCAACUGGUCGCUAUUCAGGCUUACUUCCAACAAGCCGAGCUGCAAUGCAGGAGAUGCUGUGUACUACUCUGCUGCCUGCGCCUCGGACCCCAGGAACUCCUACGCUGUGAAGAUCUGUAAGAGUUCAUCCAAUGAUGCCAAACAGGGUCAUCUCUACGGUCUGACAGUGCAGCAGAGCAUCCCUCCUCACUUUAACAUCCAGCAGGAUUGUGGUCACUUCCUCGCCUGUGUUCCUCAGAGCAUGCUGCCUUCAAAUGAAGUCUCUCUGCCUGCUGCGCUGGCUCCUACAUCACCCCACUGCGCAGCAUCUGCUCAGGGUCAGCAAGCAGAGCAAGAGAGAGUGGUGGUCAUCACGCCUGAGAUUCCCCAUCAGACCACUGCUGACUUCGUUCGGGAGUGGGAGGCAUUCCAUAAGACUCAGCCCGAGGUCUACGAGCGCCGUGUUUGCUUCCUGCUUCUGCAACUCUGCAAUGGCCUUGAGCACCUGAAGGAACAUGGGGUCACGCACCGUGACCUGUGUUUAGAAAACCUGCUGUUGAUCCCUCACCAACAAAGGCCAGCCCACCUAACUCAGCAGAGCGCCGCUGAUGGCAGUGCCUGUAACGGUGCAGCUGCUGGAGACGUUCAGCGCCACCUUCCCCGUCUCCUCAUCAGCAACUUCGCCAAGGCCAAGCGGCGCUCGUCAGAGGACGCUGCUUCGACGAACGGGGACCCUCGCAUCAAGCGUGACCACGCCAGACUGGCGCCCGAGAUUGUCUCUGCUGCUCAGUAUCGUAAAUUUGACGAGUUCCAGGCUGGCAUCUUGAUCUACGAGCUUCUCCACCUGCCCAACCCAUUUGAGGUGAGUCCAGCGCUGAGGGAACAGGACUACCGCUGCGAGGACUUGCCUCCUGUGCCCCCUAUAUCCAUUUACUCCGUGGGCCUCCAGAAGCUCGCACAGCUCCUCCUGCAACCCGACCCCAUCAAGCGCAUCCACAUCCAGGAGGCUAAGCGGAUACUACAGAGCCUGCUUUGGGGACCCCGGAAAGACCUGAUGGAGCAGCAGUGGGAACGGCACAGGCGAGGCGGGGGCUUUGUUGACGGGUCCCGAAACGAAGGCCUGCUCAACUGGCUGGAUGUGAAACGGGCCCUGCUGAUGAUGAAGUUCGCCGAGCGCUCGCUGGAGCCAGAGAGGAACGCCGAGCUGGAGGACUGGCUGUGCUGUCAGUACUUUUCCACAGCUCACCCUCUGUCUCUCUGCCACACAGCUGAACUGCUCUACUCCCUAAAGUGACAGCUCAUGUGUGCGAGCCGCAUUAAAAUCAUGUGUGAACUUGUGAACGUGCGAAUGAGAGUCCUAGAUAAUAUCCAGACACUAUGCACUGAACUGUGAACCUGAUAAUGUUACUUCUGCGUGCAUGAGAGCCAUAAAUCAAACCAUCUACACACUCUGUGCUGGAGUUUCUUCACCAAUGGCAGCCCCCAUGAAGACAGGAUAAGAGGACCCUAAAGAAGGAGAGAUGCACCAAUCAAAAUUUGGGGCCUAAUUUACAAAAUCUGUUUUUUUAAAAGGCUUGGACCUGUUGAAAGGGAUUUCUCUUAAGACCAGAAAAUAGAAGAUCAGUAUUCUGCCAUGAGUGUUUAAUCCUUUAUAUUGGGAGUAAAGGCUACAUCUGUUGGUGUGUGUGUGAGUGUGAGGGACAAAUUGCUGCAAACCAGGUUUACUGUCAUCUGAGAAAAGGGUUACAUAGUUAACAUUUUCUACCAGCAUUAGCAUCAUAUAUUGGUGAACAGGCACAGCUGACACUGCUGUUUCCAUGGUUAUUUAUACAUAAUCUGGGUCCUGACGUUAGCUCUGAGGUUGCCAAAGUUUCCAAAUGCAGCAUUUUCUACAACAGGUAGAAGUUAAAAGCUUGAAAGGAUAAACCACUGCAACUUUGUUGUAACUCAAUUAGUGUCCCGGUUAUCUGCUCUCUUGCAGCCUAGAUGAAACCAUAUUGUAGAAAGUUUGAACAUUCUUCACAUCUUUGUUUCCCCUGAUUAUAGUUACCACGUUGAUACAAAGAAUGGCUAACUGUGAGAUGACUUCCACCAGUAAUGACUUCCUCAGAAAAUAGUGUGGUCAGCAUAUCCUGGUAUCUUCUGUUGUGGUGUAUUCACUGAUCAGGCUGGUCAUUGGUCAAAGCCGAUCAAACUUUCAGCCAACUUUCUAGGUGCAUCACUAGAAAAAAGUGAUUGACAAAGUACCAUUACCAAAGUUUCUUAUUUAACAUCCUGUGUAUUUAAUAAAUAGAUGUGGAGGCACUGUGGAAGCUUAUUAACUUAUAACCUGAUAAUGUGUCUGUCUAUAACACUUAGUUGUCUAAACAUACAGCUCAUUUUUCUCCAUUUACAUCUAGUUUCUUCUCAAAAUAAGAUGUUGAUUGUCAAUUUGAACUUGUCGUAUCUUCUCCUCCACACUUUUAAGCCGCAGGCACAUAGUGCUGUACUGUGAAAGCAACUGGUUACUGGUUUACUGGCCAAAACUAUCAAACACACCUGCUUCUGUAUUGACUGACAAAGUUUUCCCAAGCCCUACUGCCGGGGAGUCAAACUCCAGUCCUCGAGGGCCGCAGUCCUGCAACUUUUAGAUGAGCCUCUGCUGCACCACGCCUGAAUGGAAUA